AUGGGCACUCAAUAUAUGCUGUUUCAUUGCGUGUACACCAUCCCGGUAGCAGCGGUGUUGGCCGUCUUCUACUACCCGUUCUUCACGGCCCGGGAUAUCUGCAAGAUAGUCUUUCUGAACAUUCUGGCGGUUACCGCAACGAUACCAUGGGCUUCGUACCUCAUCCGCCACCAUAUCUGGACUUAUCCGCCAGAUGCGACUAUCAACCGCACGCUCUUCGACAUUCCCGCGGAGGAGAUCGCCUUCUUCGUCCUGCAGACCUGCAUCACCAGUCUGGUGUACUGCAUCUGCACUAAGCCGCUGGUGCAGCCGAUGUACCUGCAAUCGGACCCGUUGCGAUGGGUCAGGAAUCUCGGAGGGAUUGUGCUUCUCGCACUGCUGCUGAGUGGCGCUGCGUGCUUUGUCUCGGGUGGGAGGACGACAUACAUGGGCCUCAUUCUCCUCUGGGCUCUGCCGGUCAUACUGGUUCAAUGGACCCUGGUCUAUCCUUUCAUCGUCAGUCUGCCGUGGCGAGCAACUGCCAUCCCUAUCCUCCUCCCGACGGUCUACUUCUGGCUCGCCGACCGCAGCGCCAUGGCAGCCGGGUUCUGGUCCAUCGUGCCAGAAACACAACUAAAUAUGGUCUUCUUCCUCAUCACCAACGUGAUGAUCGUCUUCGGCCUGGUGGGCUUCGACUACGCAUUCGCGUUAGCCGAUUACGAGCACCUCUGCACGGGCGCCGGCCCCACGAGUCGAGGUUCAGUGCGAACCGCACUGCGGGCGUUAGUACAACGAACACAGAUCCAGACGACAGUGAUCGCAGAGCUCCAAGACGCGGUCGCGCGGCUGCACGCGAAGAGCCAGAGCAUGUUCGUGGGCAGCGCGCUGUUCCAGGGCGCGUUGCGCAUCGAUCUGAUAUACCUAUACUCCUUCUGCCACAUGAUCGAUGAUCUGAUCGACGAAGCGCGGGACGAGCGCGAGGCACGGCACUGGAUCGCCGUUUGUCGGAUGAUGCUGGACGCACGCACUACCAAACAAGAGAAAAGCAGUGCAAACGGCGUCGCGCACGACUUCAAACGGCACCUCCUCCAACGCGCCGUCAACGCGUUGCCGGUCUCCCGCAUGUCCGCCCAGCCCCUGUACGACCUGCUGAAAGGCUUCGAGAUGGACCUGGCAUUCAGCGACCAGCGUCGCCCAGCGUUCCCAAUCGCCACCGAGGCUGACCUAGACCGUUACGCCGCGUACGUGGCCAGCACGGUGGCCCAGCUGGUGCUGGAUCUGAUCCACCACUACCACAACCGCGCGCACCGCUACGAUCACGAGGACAUGGCACGCGCCGACCGCGUCAUCGGUCAGGCGCUGCAGUUCAUCAACAUCGCGCGCGACAUCCACCGCGACGCGGCCAUCGGACGCGUGUAUAUCCCCACUGAAUGGCUCGAGCCCGCGGGACUUACCCCAGCCAAUCUGCUGCAUAAUCCCACCUCCCCUGCCGCGUAUCAGCUGCAGACGAAACUGCUCGACAAGGCCGACGUGCACUAUCUGGCGGCUCGGGACGCAAUCGAGCGUCUACCGCCUGGCGUGCGUGAGCCCGUCCGCACUACUGUCGAGAGCUACGUGGAGAUCGGACGCUAUCUGCGCGAGAGACACGGGCACACUCUGGCUACAGAGAAGAAGAUGCGACUGCCCUUGCGACGGCGGCUAAAAGUGGCGUGGCUGGCGAUGCUGUGA